GCUCGUGCGUCAUCUGAGCGCGCCGAGUUGGCCGUCGCCGUCCUGUCUGUUGCUAGGAGGAGGCGAGAGGUGGGGUUGCUGGGGCAAAGAUCAUGCAGGACAGCGAGAGGUUUCCUGGGCUGCAGAGGCCGCUAGGCUGGGGAUGAGAGAAGCGGGGCAGAUGCAAAAUCUGGAGAGCGCGGGGGCCGGACGGUCAGUCAGCACCCAGACGGGCAGCAUGACCGGUGAAAUACCAAGGCUUUCUAAAGUCAACCUUUUCACUCUGCUCAGUCUCUGGAUGGAACUCUUCCCAGCAGUGAAAACCCAAAGACAGAAAUCUCAGGAAAAGGAGGAAGGAAAGCAUGGACCCCUAGGAGACAAUGAAGAGAUGGCCAGAGUAUCUGCUGACAAAAAACAGGUGAAGAGAACUGGUCUUGUGGUGGUAAAAAAUAUGAAAAUUGUUGGUCUCCACUGUUCAAGUGAAGAUUUACAUGCUGGGAAAAUUGCUCUGAUAAAACAUGGGUCAAAGCUGAAAAACUGUGAUCUCUAUUUUUCCAGAAAGCCAUGUUCUGCUUGUUUGAAAAUGAUUGUAAAUGCUGGAGUUAAUCGAAUUUCAUAUUGGCCUGCUGACCCAGAAAUAAGUUUGCUCACUGAGGCUUCCAGUUUUGAAGACGCAAAGUUAGAUGCCAAAGCAGUAGAAAGACUGAAGUCAAACAGUCGGGCCCACGUGUGUGUCUUACUUCAGCCUUUGGUGUGUUACAUGGUGCAGUUUGUAGAGGAGACCUCUUACAAAUGUGACUUUAUUCAAAAAAUUUCCAAAACAUUGCCAGACACUAACUUUGAUUUUUAUUCUGAAUGUAAACAAGAGAGAAUAAAAGAAUAUGAAAUGAUAUUUUUGGUUUCCAAUGAAGAAAUGCAUAAGCAAAUACUGAUGACUAUAGGUUUGGAGAACUUGUGUGAGAAUCCGUACUUUAGCAAUCUAAGGCAGAACAUGAAAGACCUUGUCCUUCUCCUGGCCGCAGUAGCUUCCAGCGUGCCCAACUUUAAACACUACGGAUUUUAUUGUGGCAACACCGAACACAGUAAUGAAAUUCACAAUCAAAGUUUGCCACAAGAAAUUGCAAGGCACUGCAUGAUUCAGGCCAGGUUACUGGCGUAUCGAACUGAGGAUCAUAAAACAGGAGUCGGGGCAGUCAUCUGGGCGGAAGGAAAAUCUAGAAGUUGUGAUGGGACAGGCGCCAUGUACUUCAUAGGAUGCGGUUAUAAUGCUUUUCCUGUUGGAUCUGAGUAUGCUGACUUCCCGCACAUGGAUGACAAACAGAAAGACAGAGAAAUAAGGAAAUUCAGAUACAUCGUACAUGCGGAACAGAAUGCCUUAACAUUUAGGUGUCAAGAAAUAAAACCAGAAGAAAGAAGUAUGAUUUUUGUGACCAAGUGCCCUUGUGAUGAAUGUGUACCUUUAAUUAAAGGUGCAGGCAUAAAACAAAUCUAUGCAGGGGAUGUAGAUGUUGGAAAAAAGAAGGCAGACAUCUCUUACAUGAGAUUUGGGGAACUUGAAGGUGUCAGCAAAUUUACAUGGCAACUGAAUCCAUCAAGAACUGGUGUUCUUGAGCAAAAUGAGCCUGAAAGCAGAGAGAAUGGCGUUUUGGGAUCCGUACCCCUGGAUGAAGAACCACACCAGAACAAGAAGCUGCGUCUUGCAAACCACUAAGUCUUGUCUGAACAAGGGGUGAAGCCCUCCAGAAUUUUUAUUGCACUUUUAAAAUCCAGCCUUGUUAACUCAGAAAAUAAGAAUGGAUUUUGUAAAUAGUUGAAAAAAUUUUUUAAAGGAAGCUAAUUUAUUAUUAGCAUACGAAUGAUACUAAGGAGAAUAUUUUUAUUUAGAUUUAUUUGUAUGUUUUCCAGAGUAUAGUGGUGUGUUCUUUUUUUACACUGAAGCAGGUGUCAGUCAUUUCAAGAGACCAGUUCAGUCGGCUACAGGGAUUGAUUUCUCCUGGUCCUAGCUUUAGGGGAUCCAGUCUGAAAGGGGCUGGUUCAUUGGAGGUCACAUCUCAGCAGAGAAGUACACACCUUUUCAGAAAUAUUAAUCCCUUUGGAUUAUGAAGGUGAUAAUUAGUAAUCUACUCCAUGGAAAUAAACAGCAACCUGACCAUUUUUAAGUCAAUGUGUGACUCACCAAAAGGCCCCAUUUAUACCCAAAGCUUUCUGGUAAUCAGAAUUUACUUGAUUAGCCUGGAGUCAUAAAAAAUGAAUUUGGUGGACCUGCUCUCCAUUAUAAAAGUGUGUUCCUAACAAGGUUAUUUAUUUUUUCAGUCUUUCAGUGUGUAUAAAUCAUGAUACUUGCUGGACUCUGGUGUUACAUCACUGAUUCAGGGUAGCAAUAGGAAGACAGCAUUAUUCUCGGACAAUAUUAUUCUCUGAUCUCACUGACUCUUGAAACCACUAACAAGAGAAGAAAUAUUUUAGUCUGGAAUUCCAUUCAUAAAUGCUGCCCAUUAUCCCCUCCAUAUAAUUAGCAGAGAGCGUUUCAGGGCUUUGAAUGGAAGGCCUUAUAAAAACAUUUGCAAACCUUAGGAAUACUGAAAGUCUUGACGGCGAACAUGAUGGUUAUUUUCCAAAUUGCUCUUCAUGAGUCCUCUCAUUUUUUAUUUGUUGAGGAAACUUUCAGAAAAUCAGCCCAAAGAUAAAGGCACGGGCUUUGUACUUUCCUGGAGUUAGGGAGGGAGCCGUGUGGCCGGUGGCCCGUGGGCAGCCCUGGGGUGCGACGGACUCUGUGCGGGGAGUCAGCUUCACCUCUGCUGUUGCCCACUUUCUCCCUGGGGCAUCUCGUAUCCUCACAGGGCCUCCUGCCAGUCUCAGGAGAGUGCACAGGCCACCCCGCACGCGGGCCUGUGCCCCUGUUUGGACGGCAGCCUGCUUAGCCUGUGUUGUGUGUAUAAAUUUUUUUUUUUAACUGCUGAAUCUAGUGCCUGCAACAGUGUCUGGCACGUGACAGGCAUUCAAUAAAUAUUUGUUGACU